AUGCUCGGCUCUCUCCCACGGGCACUGGCGGUGGACAUUCCCGAGGUAAUGGUCAAUGCCCUGGAGAGCCUCAAACAAUAUUUGUCUUACCUCUUCAAGGGCGAUCGUGCCAGUAUGCUAAAACUGUAUGCCUAUAUAGUGGAAAAAUUGCAGCUUCUGGCCCCGGGUCUCUCCGCGAAGGAGACAAGGACGGUACGGGGCUUGGUGCUCAGCAGCGAGGUGUUUCCGAAUUUCAGCGAUUCCGAACGUAGGUCUAUCCGGAAAAGAUUAUGUGAACCAUAA